CUCUACUUCAGCAGUUCCCAUGAAUAAAGAAUGAAGAAGAAGACAAAACCCAUUUUCUCCGGUCAAUAAUGGCUCUGCUUCUGCUGUUUUGACCCUCCGUCGCCCCCUCCAUAAAAGUGCACGAGUUUCUUUCUCCACAAUACCACAACACUCAUCUCCUCCACAGCCCCGUUCAUUAAUUCCUCAUUCGAUUCCACCCGCCAUGGAAUUCUCGUACCCAGCCAUCUUCGCCUCUUUUCUCUUCCUCGUCCCCUUCCUCCUCCUCAAAUUCCACCGCAAAUCAAACCCCUCCGCCGCCGCCACUGCAGCCCCGCCGCCUCCGGGACCCACGAAGCUGCCCAUAAUCGGAAACCUCCACAACCUCGCCGGCGGAUCCCUGCCUCACCACCGCCUCCGGGACCUCGCAAAGGAGUACGGCGGCGUGAUGGGCCUCCAGCUGGGCCAAGUCCCCCACCUGGUCAUCACCUCCGCAGAAGCCGCAAAAGAAGUGAUGAAGACGCACGACGUCGUUUUCGCGCAGCGCCCCGCCUUGCUCGCCGCCGAGAUCGUCAGCUACAACUUCACUGACAUCGCGUUCGCCCCCUACGGCGCCUACUGGCGCCAGCUCCGCAAGAUCUGCAUUCUGGAGCUCCUCAGCGCGAAGCGGGUCAAAUCUUUCGGGUCGAUUCGGGAGGAAGAGGUUUCCAACGCGGUGACCCGAAUCGCAGAUUCGGCGGGUCGGGAGCUGAAUUUCAGCCGGAUGCUCUUCUCCCUGACCCACGGAAUCGCCGCCAGGGUCACUUUCGGGAAGAAGUACAAUGGGCAGGACGAGUUCAUUCCCGUGGUGGAGAACAUCACUCGCGCCGCCGGUGGAUUCAGCCUCGCCGAUUUGUACCCUUCGGUGAAAUUGCUCCACGUUUUGAGCGGGAUGAGAUCCACGCUUCUCAAGCUGAGAGGUGAAGCUGAUCGGAUGCUGGGGUGUAUAAUCGCCGACCAUAGGAGCAGGGGAAGUACGGAAGAUUCCGCCUCCGGCGAGGUGGACGAUUUGGUUGAUGUUCUUUUGAGGCUUCAGGGUAAUGGCGAGCUGGAUUUCCCCCUUACCGAUGACAACAUCAAAGCCGUCAUUCUCGAUAUUUUCAUUGCUGGAAGUGAGACGUCUUCGACGACGGUAGAAUGGGCAAUGUCAGAAAUGUUGAAGAAUCGUAGAGUUCUUCAGGAAGUACAAGCAGAAGUAAGGCGAGUUUUCGGACCAAAAGGGGGAGUGGACGAGACAUUGCUUCACGAACUACACUACAUGAAACUAGUGAUCAAGGAGACACUGAGGCUACACGCUCCUGUGCCUCUGUUGCUUCCGAGGGAAAGCAACGAGGAUUGCGAGAUCGGCGGGUUUCUAGUAAAGGCACAAAGCAAGGUCAUCGUGAACGUGUGGGCGAUGGGGAGGGAUCCGAAAUACUGGAAGGAACCCGAGGAGUUUCGUCCUGAGAGGUUUAUCAACAGUUCUAUCGAUUUUAAAGGCUCGAACUUUGAGUUCCUGCCGUUUGGUGCGGGGAGGAGGAUGUGUCCCGGGAUGGUGUUUGGCAUGGUGAAUGUUGAGUUGCCAUUGGCCAAGUUUCUGUACCAUUUUGAUUGGGAGCUUGCAGGUGGGAUCAAGGCAGGAGAUUUGGACAUGGAAGAGUCGUUUGGAGCCACACUUACUAGGAAAAAUGAUCUGAAAUUAGUUCCGAUCCCAUACCAGCAGAGUUAGGCUCUUCAUUUAUGUUAUGCAAAUGAGGAAGAAAAUAAAACAAUAAGGUCGUUACCAAAGUCGAAACAGGGGGGACAAAAGUAAAAAAAAAAAUAUCAAUAACUAGGUUUCAGGUUUUUUUUUUUUUUUUUUCCAACGUAGGAAUGACAUGUUACAUGAGUGAAAUUAGAACUUUUUUGUGUUGUUUUAGUAAAUUAAUGUUUUUGUUAACUAAAUGGGAGGAAUGAUCCACUUCGGCAAUUUGUGUGGAGAUUC